UCAAAUAAUUACUAUUUUCAGGUAUGGUCGCUACAACACCGUUAAGCAACUACUCGAGUCUGAAAAAGGGACUUUCAUUAUCAACGAAACUGAUGGUGGAGGUCUGACGCCUCUGCACAUUGCGUCGCAGCAAGGGCAUACGCGGGUGGUUCAGUUAUUGCUGAACAAAGGUGCAUUGCUUCACCGCGAUCACAACGGCCGGAACCCGCUGCAUUUGGCCGCUAUGAGCGGCUACACUCAGACUAUGGAGCUUCUGCACUCAGUCCAUUCGCACUUGCUGGAUCAAGUAGACAAGGACGGGAAUACUGUUCUCCACCUCGCAACGAUGGAAAACAAACCAAACUCGAUAUCACUCCUACUAUCAAUGAACUGCAAACUUCUGUACAAUUUUAGCGAUCUUAGUGCAAUCGACUAUGCUAUUUAUUUCAAAUUUCCCGAGGCUGCCUUGGCGAUGGUCACGCACGAUACGAGAGGGGCAGAGGUUAUGGCAUUAAGGUCGGAUAAGCAUCCCUGCGUUACGCUGGCUCUCAUAGCAUCAAUGCCUCGAGUUUUCGAGUCAGUGCAAGAUAAAUGUAUCACGAAAGCAAAUUGCAAGAAAGACUCCAAAUGUUUUUAUAUUAAGUACAAUUUUUCCUGCCUUGAAAGUUCGCGCAUGUACGCGCAGGUAGAUCAAAAAACCGGGGAAGCGCUGACAAUCUCCAAACCGAUUCCUCUACCCGCUCUGAAUGUAAGUAAGCUAAAACGAGACAAAUUAAUUAAUAUAUAGCCAUCAUUGUGUGUUCCUCUCAUGCCGCCGUCCAGCAAAUUUCUGUUUUCGAUUGCAUCCAGUCGCUGCUGCUUCAACUAUCUUAUUUCCCACAAUUAGAAAAGAUUUGAAUUAAGGCACUAUGUGCUUAGGCUUCUCUUCAUUAUCUCUUUAAAAAGCUAUUACUUUCACAAAGCUACU